GCCGAGCGGAUGAGGGGCCUGGCCCGUCCGGCGCUGAGGGCGCGAUGGUGCCGCGGGCUCUGGGCGCUGCCGGCUCGGACCGCCACCACCACCGCUUCGCCUUCUCCUCCCACCGGCAGCUCGCCGGGCUCGGGCGCGCUAAACCCCUUCGACCGCCGGCUGAAGCGGAAGCAGAAGAAUUGGGCGGCGCUGCAGGCCGAGCCCGCCAAGUGCGAUUACCUGCGGGAGGAGGUCGGCGGCAGGAUCGCGGACAGGGUGUUUGACAUCACCAGAACAUUUCCUCUCGCUUUGGAUGUUGGCUCUGGAAGAGGUUUCAUAGCUCAGCACUUAACCAAGAAAAACRCUACAGAAUCUGAAAUCCCUACGGUCAGGGUUGUAGCUGAUGAGGAAUUCCUUCCUUUCAAAGAAGAUACUUUUGAUCUUGUUGUUAGCAGCUUAAGUUUACAUUGGGUGAAUGACCUUCCUAAAGCUUUUAGAGAGAUCCACCAGGUUCUGAAGCCRGAUGGAGUGUUUGUUGGAGCCAUGUUUGGGGGGGACACUCUGUACGAGCUGCGCUGCUCUCUCCAGCUGGCGGAGCUGGAGAGGGAAGGGGGCUUCUCUCCUCACGUGUCACCCUUCACUGCCGUCGCYGAUUUGGGACAUCUGCUCUCCAGGGCUGGCUUUAACACCCUGACUGUGGAUACUGAUGAAAUCCAAGUCAACUACCCAGGGUUGUUUGAGGUUAUGGAAGACUUGCAAGGUAUGGGGGAGAGUAAUUGCUCUUGGAAUAGAAAACCUCUGCURCACAGGGAGACAAUGCUGGCAGCUGCUGCAAUAUACCAAGAAAUGUACGGGAACAGCGAUGGYUCAGUACCUGCCACCUUUCAGAUCUACUACAUGAUUGGCUGGAAAUACCAUGAAUCACAGGCAAAACCAGCCCAGAGAGGUUCUGCAACAGUUUCAUUUGGAGAUCUGGCAAAAAUAGAAGGACUUCUUAAAAAAGGAAAAAAAUAGUUCACCAGAAAUAAUGAUGGUCUUGAAACGUCUGUAAAACUUUUAAUUGCAGACAGUCUUCACUUGUGCUUAUUUAGUGAUGACAUCCUGAAAUUAUAAUAAAGUACAYGCAGUAGGAAUUUUUUUUACUGUGCCACGG